CUCGCCGAGGCCGUGGGCGCGGGGGCGAAGAAGGGCAAGACGGCCCGAGCGACGAAGGCCUGGGAGCCCCUGGCGAGGAGCUCCCGCCGUCGCCGAUCGGGGGAGGGCAGGACAGGCGGCAAGGCCCCGGAUCACCACGGAGAGCCCCCAGACAUGAACUUCGGGCAGCUGCCGAAGGGCGUCUGGACCGAGCUGAAGGGCUGGGACUCCAAGCCCGGCUGCGAACCCACGCUCCGGUCCAACGCCACGCUCUCGGGCGUGGGCCCUGCGCCGGGCUGCCGCCUUCUCCGCCCAGGGCGCCGGAGGAACGGCGGGGCCCCGCGGUCUGCCAGGCCCGGGCCGAGGAACACGGCUACGGCGCCUUCGGCUUCGUUGUAGGGAAGCGCAGCGGCUGGAAGACUUGCUGCUACAAGAACUUCAGCGUCGAGGAGGUCCUCGACGACCUCAUCGAGGACGGGCAAGUCACGCUGUACUACAACGGAGAGCGCAGGCGCACGGCGCCACAUCCCCCGGCGGUGGGGGGAGUGCAGCAAUGGGUCUGGGGACUGAUGUCCACAGGAAUUGAGGCUGGACGACGGCAACUGGUGACGACCACGACGGCGAGAGCGAGGAAGAUGCAAUCGCUCCGAUGUUGCGAUGGGCGCUCCUUGCCCAGGGUCUGGCAGGAAUUCCGCCUCCGUAUCCCCUCCCCCUCCCCCUCUCCUCCCUUUCCAUUGACGCCUUUCGCCCAUCCACGUUCUUGUCCUCAUUCGCUGCGAGAUGCAUCCGUUGGUCAGUCACUCUUGUCGGAAGUGGCCCGCGACUCUGUGCAUGGCAGUACUUGAGUGCAUUCAAGCCCGCUUUGUAGGACACAUAAACGAGGACGCCUUGGUAGGGGGUAGUAGGCGGGAAAUGGUGAGCUGGAGCGCGUGGGCUGGAUCUUACCUCGCGCGCUUCACCUUGCAGGAGGUGUGCCGCGUCGCAUGUCCAUGCUUCCCUGCCCACAGUUUCCGCUGCCGCCUCUGCUCCCGCUUCGGUUCCUCACCCCGUCGGCGAUUCGCCAGGCCCACGUCGCCUUAAUCUUCACCGUCGUAGCACAUCGAGCAUGAUAUGCAUGGGUCGUCGUCGAGGUAAUUGAGACUUGAUCCAGUCAGUUGGGCUCUACGCUGUCCUCCUCCCGAUUCUCUCCACUUCCCUGCCGGCAGUCUUGGCGACGCGGCCAUCGCCCGGGCCGCCUCGAUAGCCCGCAACCUCUCCGCGGCACGUCGAGCCUCUGGAGCCGCCUGGCAGCCUGGCGACCCCCCUCCGAACGACGAGCUGUGACCCGCGCGGCUCGGCUUCGGCCCUCGUCGUCGUCGUGGUCGUCAUUGCCGACGUUCGCGCCGCCACCCUUCUCCUCAUACACCUU